GCGACGUUGACAGGUGGCCCUCCCUCUAGCACAACGUUCAUGAGGCGGUGGUGAACCUAUCGGCCAACAAGGUCGAGACCAAUGUCAAACUCGGGCCGUUUGUCCACCCGAAUGGCGACGGCGAAGAAAUCAUUGCGGUCGAGAAGGCCCUGCUGGCGCAUCCCGAAGUCCAGGCCGAGAUCGCCAAGCUCCAGCUCCCCGAGGGCUCCGUGGUCGUGGCAGACCCUUGGAUCUACGGCAAGAACGCUUUUUCGUCGCAGUAAAACUUCCGUUCCGGAGACCUUGCUAACUCAGGCACAGGAUCGGACGGCGUCAAAGAUGGCAAAUUCUACGACGACAAGCGGUUGAUGCAAUGCUUCCUCUACAUGCGUGACCCCGGGAACCCGUCCGAGCCGGAUAGCUGCCAUUACGCCUUCCCCCUGCCCAUAUCGCCCGUCAUCGACCCCAUCACGCUGGAGUUGGUCCGCAUCGACAUUCUCCCCUCCGGGCUGGAUGAGAAAGUCGAGCCGCUCCGCCCGUGGCAGCCAGUCGGCCCGAGCGAGUACAUUCCCGAGGCGCAGUCGCUGCGGACGGAUCUCAAGGCCCUCCGCGUCGUCCAACCCGAGGGAGUAUCGUUUACCGUCGAAAACUUUUCAGAGCUCGGCCGGCUCAUCAGGUGGCAAAAGUGGGAUUUCAAGGUCGGGUUCAACCAGCGGGAGGGCAUGGUUCUGUACGAUGUGCACUACGACAACAGGCCGCUCUUCUACCGGCUGAGCCUGUCCGACAUGUGCAUCCCCUACGCAGACCCGCGGUCUCCCUUCCACCGGAAGGCCGCCUUCGAUCUCGGCGACGCGGGCGCGGGCAUCAUGGCCAACAACCUGCAGCUCGGGUGCGACUGCCUGGGCAGCAUCUACUACAUGGGGGGCGUCCUGGCCGACAGCCACGGCAAGCCGGUGGACAUGCCGAACGUGAUAUGCAUCCACGAGCAGGACGCCGGCAUCCUGUGGAAACACACCAACUACCGGACCAACCGGGCCGUCGUCGUCCGGAAUCGCGAGCUCGUCCUGCAGACCAUCUUGACGGUCAGCAACUACGAAUACAUCCUGUCGUUCGUCUUCAACACGGCCGGCGACCUCGCGUACGAGGCCCGGGCGACGGGCAUCCUCUCGACGCAGCCUGUGGAUGUAGGGCUGACCAAGACGCCGCAUCCGUUCGGCACCGUCGUGCACCCGGGCGUGCUGGCCGGCUUCCACCAGCACUUCUUCAGCCUGCGCAUCGACCCCAUGGUGGCGGGCCACGGCAACACGGUCGUGUACGACGAGGCCGUGGCCAUCCCGCGGGACCCGAAGCUCAACCCGCACGGCGUCGGAUACACGGUGCGCAGGACCGAGAUCGGGACCUCCGGGGGGUUCGAUCUGGACGCGAACACGAACCGGACCUUCAAGGUCAUCAACCCGGCCGUGCGCAACCCGGUCAACGGCGCGGCGGUUGGGUACAAGGUCAUGGUCCCGCCGAUGCAGCCGAUCCUGGCCGACGCGGACAGCUUCCACCACAGGCGGGCCGAGUUUGCCGACCGCAGCGUCUACGUCACGCGGUACGCCGACGGCGAGCUGUACGCCGGCGGCCUGUACACGAACCAGAGCCGGGGCGGGGCCGGCGUGCGCAGCUGGGCCGAGCGCCGGGACAGCCUCGCGGGGGGCGACCCGGUCCUCUGGGUGCAGUUUGGCAUCAACCACAUCCCGCGCGUCGAGGACUUCCCCGUCAUGCCCGCCGAGACGCUGCGGGUCACGCUGAGGCCCGUCAACUUCUUUGACCGCAACCCUGCGAUCGACGUGCCGCCCAGCAGGCAGGAGGUGAACUGCAGCGUCAGCGUAGAUGGCAAUAGCCAUGGACCGGGAGGUGAAGAGGGGGGUCAGGGGCAGAAUACUGCUUGUUGCGCGUCGGCUGGGUGCACCUGAUCGCUCGUCUUUUGUUGCCCACUCAGACUAACAGUGCGAGGAAGUUGGACGUUGGGUCCCAACUUGCAAACCCAACAAGGCCAAGCAGAGAAGAUGCCAUUGUCGCUGUCGCUGUGAACCUUCACCUCCUGAUCAGCCUAGCCACUCCUAAAUGGACAAGCCGUCG